GCAUUUGCAGGCAAAAGGAGAAACCCAGGGGCUCUCUCCAUGUCGGCGCGCCUGGCCCUGGUGGACUGGCUGGACGAAGGCUUCUCCAGCAUCAUCGAGCUGGGGGCGGUGAGCGAGCCGCGCCGGGACCCCGCCCGCUACCGGCCGGGCCAAGAGGUGGCGGCCCAGUGCCCCCUCUUCAAGGGACUGAACCGCGCCCGCAUCCUGGCCCUCAGUGGGGACAGGCAGGAGUUGAAGCGGAUCCAGGUCCGGGCCGGGGCCUGUCCCAGGAGCAGCUGGGGGGCCGGGACGCUGCGGGGCCCCCCCCACCGUCGGGUGGCGACGUGGAGACGGGACAGACUGCCCCUCGAGAGACGGAAACACAGCACAGGAGGCAGCGCUGAUGACGUCACCACCUCCGUGCUCGACCCUGAAGGGACCCAGGUGUCCGAGGACGAGGGCCGUGCAACCCCCCAAAGCACCUCAUCCUCGGAAACCUGGCAUUCCUCCUCCCCCGACUGCCCCCACGUGGACAGCUCUGGCUGCGGGGUUCCCUGCUCCCCUGGCCCUGCAGACCCAGGCGUCCGGGCGGGGCUCACCGAGCCCUGCACCAGGCCUGAGUGCGAGAGGAUGCGACAGGAGCUGGAGGCGCUGAGGGACCGAUACGCCAAGGUGGAGGCUCAGAACGCUGUGCUGGCCCAGAGACUCGGGGGCGAUGUGGAGCCACCCAGGGAGGUGGACAGUGAGUCCGUGCGGCCGGAGCCUGGGCUCUAUGAGGACCCUGCGCUACCUUGGAAACAUGGGAUGCAGGAGCUGGUGCCGGGAGGGGGCGUGUUCCUCUACCCCGCCCAGCUGGCCCUGGCCCGCUCCAGCGCCCGCAGCCAGACAGCCCUGGCCCGGCUCCUGCUCGACGUCUUCUUCUCCCGCCAGGAGCAGGCGCGGAGCAACCUGUCCGGGGAGAACGGGCUGCACCGCCUCAGCCCCCCCAUCGUCAGCGCCAUCGUGGCCUAUGCUGUGGGUCAGUCCCAGUUCCAGGCCAGCAGUGCCGCCGUUGUCAAGAACUCGCUGCGCAACAAGCUGGGCUGCCUGAGAGCCCCGUCCCGCCAGCAGGGGGCCACCAGGGGGCGCCCUGCGGCCUGAGAGCCCCAUCCUGCAGCAGGGGCCCACCAGGGGGCGCCCCGCAGCCUGAGAGCCCC